AUGAGCUAUGCAUCGGGCGCAUCCAAUGGUACUGUAGCUGCUGGUGGCAAUGGGCAAGGGACGCUGACCAGCCAGCUGUACAGCCCAUAUGCUGUUCAUUUUGAUUCAUCAUCAAACAGCUUGUUAAUUGCCAACUAUGGUGCCCACGCUAUUGUUCGUUGGGUUAUUGGUUCCAGUGGUUGGACAAUUGUUGCUGGAUCUAUUGGUUAUGCUGGUAGUACAUCAUGGCUGCUGUAUUAUCCUCAAGAUCUCACAUUCGAUUCGAUGGGCAACAUUUAUGUAGCCGACGCAGGCAAUCAUCGUGUACAGCUAUUUCUUGCUGGUCAACAAAAUGCAACAACUAUUGCAGGUGUUACAAGUGCAUCAGGCAGUUUAUCUAAUUUACUUUCCUAUCCACAUUCACUACUACUCGACCAACAAUUGAAUCUUUAUGUAUCGGACAGCUUCAACCAUCGAAUACAAAUGUUUGUUCGAUACUAA